UCUACGCAUGCGCAGUGUGUUUCCCCGGCCUCCACCGCUCUGUGCUUUUCGGGCGCUCAAAAAUGUGCUGGAAGCUUUUGGGAUCACCUCACCCGAGCUCAGUUCUUUACCAUCAAAACUCACCUUUGGAACGUCACUCGACACCCCCGCUGAUAGGAAAAGCUUUUGUGACACUUUACUCCUCCGAGUCAUCAUCAAACUACCGUUCCCGCUGAUGUAAUUGUGUUGUUAGGCAGACCCUCCACUGGCUGUGUGACCUCUGACCUCAACCGGGCAGAGGGUUCAUUCCCAGCUCGGACCGACGUCCCACUCCCACAAUCCCCUCCCCGGAAUCCCUCGGUUGUUUUUUCUUUCCGUCAGUAUCGAGCCCGGUUCGGCCGGCCUUGCACACUCUACAAAGCUGGGGCGCGAUUCGUGUGAUGCGACCAUGUCGGGUCUGGGCGAGCGCAGGCCGGUCAACGCGGACUACGCCGUCUCGCUGCUGGAGCAGCUCAAGUUCUUCUACGAGCAGAAGCUGCUGACGGAUGUGGUGUUGCUGGUGGACGACAGCGAGUUCCCGUGCCACAAGAUGGUGCUGGCCGCGUGCAGCUCCUACUUCAGGGCGAUGUUCAUGGGUGGCUUGAGCGAGAGCAAGCAGACGCACGUCCACCUGAGGAACGUGGACGCCACCACGCUACAGAUCAUCAUCACCUACGCCUACACGGGCCAUUUGGCCAUCAGCGACAGCACCGUGGAGCCGCUGUACGAAACCGCCUGCUUCCUGCAGGUGGAGGACGCCCUGCUGCAGUGUCGCGACUACCUGGUGAAGAAGAUCAACCCGGAGAACUGCGUGCGCAUGCUGAGCAUCGGCGACCUGUUCAGCUGCAGCGAGCUCAAGCAGAGCGCCAAGCGCAUGGUGGAGCACAAGUUCCCCACCGUGUACCGGCAGGACGCCUUCCUGCAGCUGUCGCACGAGUUGCUCGUGGAUGUCCUGAGCAGCGACAACCUCAACGUGGAGAAGGAGGAGACGGUCCGCGAGGCGGCCAUGCUUUGGCUAGAGUACAACAUGGAGGCGCGCUCGCAGCACCUGUCGUCGGUGCUCAGCCAGAUCCGCAUCGACGCGCUGUCGGAGGUGACGCAGCGGGCGUGGUUUCAGGGCCUGCCGCCCAACGACAAGUCGGUGGUGGUGCAGGGGCUCUAUAAGUCCAUGCCUAAGUUUUUCAAGCCACGCCUGGGAAUGACCAAGGAGGAGAUGCUGAUCUUUAUGGAGGCGCUGUCGGAAACGACGGGCCUGAGCGUGAUGAUGUCCAUGACGCCCGGCGCCAUGGUGUGCUACAGCCCCCAGGCGGAGAAGGUUUACAAACUCUGCAACCCGCCGCAGAACCUGCGCAAAAUGGGGACCCUGGUGACGCCCGACAACGACUUGUUUAUCGCCGGCGGAGAGAUCGUCCUGGAGAACGCCGUCGGGCGUGGAGGCGGCCCGCAAGUGCUGGUGGACUCGGUGGACAGUUUCUUCUGGCUGGACGCGCAGCAGAACUCCUGGGUGGCCAAAACGCCCAUGCUGUGCGCCCGCCGCAAGCCCUCGCUGGUGUACUGCGACGGUUUCAUUUACGCCGUGGGCGGAGACAGAGUGGGCGGCGAGCUGGACCGCCGCACGGUGGAGCGCUACGACCGCGCCAAGGACGAGUGGACCAUGGUGAGCCCGCUGCCGGCGGCGUGGUUCUGGAGCACCUGCGUGGCGGCGCACGGCUGCAUCUACUUGCUUACGCACGACCUCACGUACUGCUACCUGCCGCGCGCCGACGCCUGGGCCGAGAUGGCAACGCGCAAGAUCAGCCGCUGCUACGCCUCAGCCGCCGCUUUCGGGGACUUCAUCUUUUACCUGGGCGGCGCGGACAUGAGAGACGGCGGGGGCGCAAGGCUACCCCUGCCCGGCCCGGCUGACGUCUCCUCGCUAGUUGUGGAGAUCUACGACGUCCACAAAAACGAGUGGAGGCGUGCGGCCGACGUGCCGACUAAGCGCUACUCGGACCCCUGCGUGCGCGCUGUGGUGCUGCUGGACGGGUUGUGCGUAUUCAUGCGAGAGACUCCCAUGCACGACAGGCCCAAAUACUCCAUCUACCAGUACGACGUGGAGCUGGACAGCUGGUUCCUGAUGCAACCCGUGUCUGAGCGUGUGCUGUGGGAGCUGGGCAACGCCUUCCACUGUGCCGUGGGGAAGCUCUACCCGUCCUGCCUAGAGGAGUCUCCAUGGAAGCCGCCCGCCUACCUCUUCUCGCCCGACGACGCAGAGGAAUUCGAAGUGGACGGCGAGUUGGUCUCCUUCCCCCUGGCGUAGAAAUCUCCCUUUUUUUCUCAAUUCUCGUAACACGGCACGGCGGAUAGUUAGUUAGUCCCCAUGUUCAGGGUUGGGACGUUUCCUGUUUUCGGAGUUUUGCAUGUUCUCCCCGUGCUAGCGUGGGUACUACAGCUUCCUCCCACAUUCCGAAAACGCGCAUGUUAAUGUUACGAAAAACAACGACUCAAAAUUGGACUGAAAGUUUGAAUUUUCUCCGUAUGCGACUCAGCAAAAGUUAAGCUGUCCAAACGGCCGCAUUUUUUUCAGACUAUUCGUCGCACUGGCAUAUAAGAUGCGUUUCGUCAGAGGGUUUGCGAUAACCGAUUAACAGUUAUUCCGAUUUAGAAUAAACAAGUUUUUUUGAGAAAUACCUAAAAGUAAUCGGUCACGUAGCCAUAUUUUUGGGACUAUAAGUCGCACCAGCUAUGAAUAGCUAUAUAUAUAUUAUAUGCGUUUUUUUGGGGACAAACAAAUAGAAACAUUAUACGUCAUAGUUAUAACAUGGAGAACAACAGGCUAAAUAGCCAUCUGUUAACGCAACGUAUUAAGUUAUGCCUAUAACUGAAGUGUAAACAACUGGUACAAAUGCGAUUUAUACUCUGGAAAAAUAUGGUACUUGAGUGUAUUUUUUGGCUCUAGGUGGCGCCAAAGAGAAAGUUGAAUUGGGUUAGUUUUUUUUUUUUUAGAUGAAACGUUCAUGAACCAUUUCAUUGGCUGCCAUUUAUUCUAUUCAUAGAGUAUUUUUGUUAGCCAAAACUGUCAAAUUUUGACAAUUUUGACUUUUUCUGAGUUGCGUACACGCCCUGUGAUUGACUGGCGACCAAUUGAGGGUGCAAGCGUUACCAAAAAAUGUCCCAUACCCCGAUCCGAUUACUUUUUAGUUUAGGUUGCUUUGUUUUUCAGGUUUUAGGGGUGCGGCAAGGGCGACUGCAGGUCCAGUCGCUCGCCCGCCGCGCCCACUUCCACACAACCUUGGGUUUUACUCACGCUGACCCUCACACACGCAAAACCUCCACUAUCAGCAUUUCUCAUUUCCAAGCUGCUGAAGUAUAUAUUAUAUAUAUGAUAAAAUAUCUAUUUUUCAUAUGUUUAAACAUAGCGUGGGGGGAAAAGACCAGGUCUAUUUUGUAUUAGUGUUUUUUUUUUUUAUUAUUAUUUAAUAUCAGACAUUACUGUAGUGUGACUGUGUCCUCGUCCGCUAACAUUGUUCCUGGAGGGGGUGCUUGUUGCUAUGGAAACCAGCCCCUGGCAACCACUAGCAGUAGUCUGGGGAGGGGCGGGGCUUCAACUCAUGAGCACAGGUGCUUCAUGGCAGACGUUUCAAGCAUGUUUGGCUGCAUCAUAUUCCUUUGGCACUGUAUUUUCAUUGAACGUUAAUUUAUUAAAAAGUCAUACCAAAAGUUUUUUGUUCUUGAUUUGAGGAUUUAAAACUUUAUUUUAAUACAGCAAUAUAGUUUGUUU